AUGAACUGCAAACUACGUCGUCUGGAGCUCCUGCGCAAUGGCCAAAAGUCGGACUGCGAGCUGCAGGUGUGGUAUGAGGAUAAGGUGAAGGGUCCGCGCAGCCAGCGGGUCUUUCGCUGCCACCAGGUAAUGCUCAUCUCCGCCUCCGAGGAAUUCGAGCGGCUGAUCAAGGACCCUGAUUUUGCGAAGAAGAAGAACGUGAUCAGCGUGGAGGACGCAUCGCCCACCGCCUACGAAGCCCUGCUCCUUUAUAUUUAUACCUAUGAAGUCUGCAAUGCCGUCACCAUCGACAUGUGUGGUGACCUAAUGCUCCUCGCACAGCGGUACAAGAUGCUGGACUUUAUCGACUGCUAUAUAGAGAAACUGGCCAACCAGGAGUGGCCUAUGGAGGUGGUGUUGCAGGUCUUCCACCUGGCCAGUGAACACAACCAUCCGUCUUUAAUGGAUCUGGUGGCGAAGAAAAUACUACCCGUAGCCACCCAAGUUCUCAAAGACCACUCAUUUCUCAAGUUAAAUUUAAAGGAGCUCAAGGCUCUAAUGAUCAUCUUGAAAAAAGAAGGAGUUCUUUCCGAUCAUGAACUGCUGGAUUCGCUAAGGAACUACCAGGAGGUGAACGAUUUGCGUUACGACGAUAUGGAAAAGUUCCAGUUGUUUGUGGAAGUGACACAAAUUUUCCAGAACGUCGUUUUUGAACUCCUUUUCGAGGUAGACGGCACGUUAGUUCUGCCCGAAGAGGAGGAGUUCUUGACCAGAGAAAUUGGAUCGGCCACCUCGGUUUACCAAAGAAGCAGUCUGUAGCUAGAUAAGUACAUAUCUAUAGGGAUCAUUUAUUGGAGAGUGGGAAAAAAACAAACAAAAUCGAAUUCGGAUCGGCUUAUAUAAUAAAUACUAUUAAUAAUAUUAA